AUGAAGUUGUUUGCCUUAGUGUCAUUCCUACUGAUAAGGAAUUCAUUACAAUCUGAAUGCAUUGUAUCAGAAUGGGGAACCUGGUCCAAAUGUCACGGAGGAUGUAAGCGUGGGUUGAUUGUGAGGAAUCGUGAUGUUCUGCAACCGCCACUCCAAGAAUUGACAGAAGAAGGAAGAAUGAUGCAAAGGUUGUGCCCGCACUUGUAUGAAACCAAAUAUUGUGAUAAGACGGAAUGUGGAGAGGAGGAGAAGAAGGUCAAUUACGAACAACUUUCCUCACCACCUCCGCUUCCUGUCGAGACUACAACCGGACAAAUUGGAAGAGAUGCGAUUGCACGGACAACUGAGUCCGCUAGAAAUUUGGUGGAGCGUCAGAUGAAAAAAAUUGGUUUUGCAAGGGAUACCGAUGAUCGAACGCAAGCAGCAAUCAAACAAAAAUUCAUCAGUGAAACUGAGCAACUAUUCAAACUUGAUGAUGCCAUCAAUCGUAAAUAUGGUCCGCAGCCUUCAGACAAUCUCGUGAACACCCACAGCCCGAUUAUUGAUAUUUCGACACAACAAAUGACAAACAAGCAGUGGCGAGAUGACAUGGCUAACAAAUGGACUUCUGUUUCCUCUACACCACUACCCUCUUAUCGAGAACAUCUUCAAUCUUUCGGACGUGCUGGGGGAAUUCCAACAUUCACCACAACGACUUCUGAGUAUAUCCCUUACCGGAAUUCCAGAAGAGGCCGCACGUCUUCUGAUCAUUCAGUCAGCACUCUUCUUCGGAAGAUUGAACAAGCUCUCGACACUAACCAGCCACUAGAUGAGAAGUAUGUGAAGAGUGCUUUGAGAAGAAACCGAAAACUUUCCAAGAUUUUGGUAGAUGCAUACAGGCAGAGACAAAGUCUCAUGAAUUCUGGAGUGCUCAGUUCGUCAAGCGCCACCCUACCUACCGUAAUCUCUCCGUACCCACCAAGAGUACCGACCACCGAGGAGGUUCCAGCGUUUGUGACAGCAAAGCACACCACAACUAGGAGAUAUCCAACGACAACUACCGCCACAUCUCCACCUCCAACCACUUCAAGACCUUCUACCACAACUACCUCAACUACAGUAAAAGCAGAAGCUGAAGACUUCCCAGAGUCUGCUGAUAGCUUCGCCACUACUCCAGAUUUCUUUGAAGCUCAUCCAACCACCACUAGCCCACUGUUAUACUGGCCAAAAACUGGAGGUUAUGUACCAAAUACUAGGAAGCACGCCUCAGAAAUCACUGCUCAACUUUAUAUGACCAAUGAAAUUGUGCAGACUUUGAAUGAUGACCCGAUUCCGUUAGAUGUGAAUCCGGAAUGCGAGCACAACAAAAGAUGCUGCAAAAUUAUCAAAAACACUUGCUCCCAUGGAAUCGACCCCAAAUUUGUGAAAAGAUGGUAUCGCCCGAAAGGAUCAUCUGUCUGUGUCCCAUACCACUACCCUCGGUGUUCCUCUAUGGAAGAAAUGGAGGAGCUCCCGAUUCUAUUUGAACAAAACUGCCAAGACCUAUGUUUUUCACAACAGGAAAAACGAAUCACCCCAUUGUUCACGUUAGAAUCGGAAGACGAAUAA